CGGUCCCCUCCAAACACACUCGUAUCGUUGUUCGUAUCAUUUGAACAUGCAUGAUAGAACAAGCUCUGGACAGAUUGCCAAUGACUGAUUUCUCCCAGUGCUUCUCACAACCAUGCUUAGGCUUCUCUCAAUCUCCCUCCAAAUCCAGCUCUCUACGAAAGCCAAACUCCUCGUUCUCCUACACAUCCAGUUACUUGCAGACGCAUCUUUGCAAUUCAACGAGGCCAUCUUCUUCCCCUCAAUCCACGUCUUGUAUCUCUGCAAACCCGUCGGAGUCUCUUAUAAACCAUUCCAGUUUGGCAAAUCUAACCAGGCCUCCAAAUGGGCAUUCGUUCUUUCACCGUUUGGAGCGAAAUUUCGGUUCCUUCAGCUCCCAGAUUGGGUUUCGCACGGUUUUCUCCUGUGGAUAUUGGCUGAAUUCUGCCAAUUUGAGGAUAUUUGAGAGAAAUGGAGGUGGUUUUUUGAGUGUUCAAGGUUCUGUGGGUCGAUUGAGGAGCUUCAGUAGUGAAUCGGACCGGGAGUCUAUGGAGUACGAUGUUGUUAUUGUUGGGGCAGGACCGGCCGGGUUAUCAGCGGCUAUACUUUUGAAGCAAAUGUGCUCUGAAAAGGGUGUUGAUUUUUCUUUGUGUGUAGUUGAAAAGGGUCCUGAAGUAGGCGCUCACAUCCUUUCUGGGAAUGUUUUUGAACCCCAGGCACUAGAUGAACUUUUCCCACAGUGGAAACAAGAAGAGGUACCCAUAAAUGUCCCAGUUCUUCUGACAAGUUUUGGUAUCUUACAAAGAAUCGUGCAAUUUCACUUCCUUGUCCUUUUAAUAACAAAGGGAACUAUGUUAUAAGGUUGUUAUAUAAUGUGCUUGUAUAAUGCAUGGGGCAGUUAUUUAGAAACAUUUGUUUUAAGCCGAACACAGUAUUCUUUUGGCUGGUUAAAAUUAUUUUGUAAACAUAAAAGAGAGAACCUCACAUUCAUAUUGCAUCAUUAUUAUUUCAUUUGAUUUAACCCUUUGACUCAAGUGGUAAAGGCCUUGGGCUUGGGGGUAUGCUCCCCCAGGUCUAAGGUUCAAAUCCCCUUGGGUGCAAACAAUCUCUAGGGGCCAUUGGACUUGGGGUUUUCCCCUCAAAUUACCCGAGUUGCACUUGUAGGAAACUCCUUCCCGAGGGCCUAUGCACCCCUGUGAUUCGUCAAAAAAUUAUUUCACUUGAUUUUUUUGUUCUGUGCAAUUCUCUCGGAACUUGAGCUCUGAAUUAAGUCACCGCAAAAUGUAACUGAAAUCUACCUGGAAAUGGUUCUGGGAGAUUCUGUUAUAUGCUUAUUGUGUCUCACUGUGACCAUUAUGACCCUUGACUUAUGUUUAUUAGCUGGUUUGUAGUGGACUUGGCAGAGUCUUGUCGGUGCCUUAGUAUUUUGCUCAAGUAGACAAUUAGAAAGAAGACUGGAAUGGGAUCUUUGAACUACUAGUUUGACUUAUAGAUAUCUAAAAUUGGGCUUUAUAUCUUUGUUGACCUCAAGUUCCUUUCAUCUUUCGUAUGUUCCAUUGGGAAUCCUUCUUUUCACAUUAAAUGAUUUAAAUUUUCUGAACAAGCUCUGUUUUGGCCCUCUGAUGUAGUUUAAGUCUGUUAGUACGUUAGAUGGGGAUGAAAGCUGAAGAAUUGGGGGUAGAAAUAUAUCCUGGUUUUGCUUUUAGUGAGGUACUCCUAUUUUUGCUCUCUUUUUACCACACUCACCAUGCUACUGGACAGUUGUAAUUGAAGCUAUGUAAUGGGUCAGAUAUUAUAUGAUGCAAACAACAAGGUUAUUGGCAUUGCAACUAAUGAUAUGGGAGUUGCCAAAGAUGGUUCAAAGAAGGACACUUUUCAACAUGGCGUGGAAUUAAAAG